UAAUGAUUCUCUGGUUGGCUCGCUGGACUCGACCGAGGGCCCCUUUCUUUGAAUGAUUAAAUCCUCACGUAUCCGUACCCAGUAGUAUUAGAAAAUUCAUAUUCCUCGUCACCCCCAACUCCACUGCGCGGCUCAAUUCACCUUCGGCAUUCAAAUCUAUGCAGUUGCUCGUUGCUCGUGCCGAGACCCUGCCAACAACCUCGACACGCGGAUAAGUUCUGCUUCGACUACUAGGUCAUCAAGCAACUCGACCAACAUGGGGGCCACACCUUUCCAGACGGAGGCAUGGACUGAGUAUGGCAUCGGUACCAUGAUCCUCUUCCUCAGAUACUUUGCAAGAUGGAAAGCAGUGGGAUUCAAGGGCUGGCAGGGCGAUGAUUACUUUGCACUCCUGGUCCUUGUCUUCUGGACGCUCGAACUGUGUAUGCUUGAACUUAUCGGCCAGUAUGGCACCAACAUUGGCAUCUACGACGAGAUCAGUGUCACCUUGACCGACAAGGAGAUUGCUCGCUUUGAGUUUGGCUCCAAGUGCCUUCUUAUGGGCUGGAACUUUUAUGUGUCCCUCAUCUGGGCGCUCAAGGGCUGCGUACUCUGCUUCUACAACCGUAUCACCCUAGGAUUGAAGCAGCAAAAAUUCGUCAAAUGGACCGGAAUCGCUUGCGUCCUUGGUUUCGCCGGCGUCUUGGGCGCCAUCUGGGGCCACUGUGUUCCUGUCCACAGAAACUGGCAGGUCGUGCCGUAUCCCGGUGAUGCUUGCACAACAGGUGUCGCCAACUAUGUCACACUUGUCGUCAUCAACGUGGUCACCGACGUUGCUAUCCUCAUUAUCCCCGUCCCGCUGCUGUGGAAAGUCCAGUUGCCGCUCGGCCGCAAGCUUGCUAUUGGAGUCUUGCUGUGCUCUGGCGUCUUCAUCAUCAUUGCGACUCUGCUACGGUGCAUCCUAUCCCUCCAAAGCAUCAAGGGGAUCAACGUGAGCACAAUCUGGGCUAUCAGAGAGACGUUUGUGGGCAUUGUUGCCACCAACGCGGCGGCCAUCAAGCCUCUCUUCUCGGGCAGCAGGUGGCUCUCCUCAAGCAAGGGGAACAGCGCGACCCCGUACUCCAACGACAACAACAACAGCCACCCGCUCGCCACCAUCGGGGGAAGCUCGAACAUGACCUCUCGCCCCAAGCGCCGUCGUUCCCUGGAUUACACAGAUAUCGGCAACUCGAGCGAGGAAAACAUCUUCAAGCCCGACUUGAGUCACAUCAGGGGCGAGACAAAGGUGUCUAGCGGGCCGCGCACGGGAAAAUCGGCGCCUGGACAUCCCAUCACCGUCACGACGGAGGUGGAUGUGGAUUACAGCAAGCAAGUAUAACAUAAUAAUUACGGGGGACGAUACACAAUACCAGGGCAACGGAAAUGGAAAACAACAGGACAACUACCGGCGGGGCGUUAAUUAGUAAAUGUUGAAUUUGCAGACAACGCAG